CGGUGAGGGUUUGUGUUUCCUCCAAGUCUUGCCUGUGACUUGCUUGCUUGGCAGAUGGGAGCCAACUGUGCAACACAUGUGCCUCAAGCUUGUGCACAGCACGGUGACAGCCAGCGCUCACCAAGGACGCCAAAGGCUGAAGAGGAGGAUGUAUCCCGACUUACCAUGUGGCAGCACGACGUUGAGGCCUUGAAGGAGGAGGCGCAGAAGAGGCAAGAGCGAAGAGAGCAGGAAGCCGCUGCUCGACAAGCUAGAAUACAAGCCGCCGAGCAACUUGCAGAUGAGGAGCGGGGAGGAGCCGGAAAGGACUCUGUCAAGCCGCCAAAAGGCAGAGAGGAUAAGUCCAAGGAGCAACUGAAUGGAGAUGCCAAGGCUACCACAAAGGAGCAGGCAAAAGUGCCGGCAAAAGCACCUGUCAAAGAGCCUGCGAAGGAGCCGGCCAAGGAGCCGGCCAAGGAGCCGGCAAAGGAGCCAGCAAAGGAGCCGGCCAAGGAGCCGGCCAAGGAGUCUGCCAAGGAGCAGAAACGGGAGACCAAUGGAGUUGCACCACCGCAGGCGGUGCAGACUUCAGCCAAAGAUGCAGAUAAAGAAAGAGUGCAAAAAGAGAUUGACGAGGUGCUCGGCACAGUACAGGAUUCGUCGCAAGUGCGGUAUUUGCUGGAGGUAAAGAUAGUGUCCGCGCACAAUGUGCCUGCCAGCGAGGGGCAGCCGUUUGUCGUCGGCCUGGCCAGAUGCAACAACCCGGUGAAGUUUCGCACCAAGACCUCCAACACCCGAUCCAAAGCCGUGUGGAAUCAAGCCUCGAAGCUGCAGAUUGCCCACGGUGACUUUCUGACAUUCAGAGUCCAAGACGUGGACUCUGAGGAUCCCAUGUCUUUUCUCUCGCGGGCUAUGCUCGGCUUCGAUCGCAUGGUGCCUUCAGGCUUUGAGGACGAACUCCCGCUGGAGGAUGCGUCUGGCACUGCAGUUGACAAUGCGCUCAUCAAGGUUCGUGUGAGAGUCCAGGGAGCUUGUGCCGCCACGUCACUUGAAGCGUGAUGUUUGAGCCGAAUGGAGCAGCCACUUGCUGAAAAAUUGGGUGCAUGAAUGCAUCACAGCUUUUCAGCACUUCAGAACUGCCAAUUAGCACAUUCCGGGAACAAAGUGCAAAACUGC